CUCUCUUCUGCCCUUUCACCUGGAGCUCUCACGGUCCAGCCUCCUGACAUCAGCCCUUAUUUUUAGGGAUGUUUUGAUAUGACAUGUUUAACACACGCUGCGAUCCAGGCAUUUGGACUGGAUGGCCAAAGGCCCUGGAGCUGAUUCACGAGGGCUUGCCUGGUGCAGGAGCACAAACAGGAAGGCGUUUGGAAAUCGCAGUGGACCAAAGUCCUUUCCCAGCCCCGACUGCACCGCAGGCGGUUCCUUCUGCCCUGAAGUAGUGAGCUUCCAGCAGCCGUGUGCUGGGAGUGCCGGGACAGGAGGACUCACUCAGACCAGGGGAUACCAGGCUUCUGGCUCAAGCCUCAGUGUCAGCAAACCCAGCAGAUGCCUCCAGAAAGGAUCUCAAGGCCUCAAUCACCCGCCUUCCUCAGUCCUUCAUGGAUGUGUCCAACCCCAUCAUCAGUCUGUCUUCUGUGAGUGUAAGAUUUUUAAUCCCACCCCAUCAGGAGCCCAUCUUCCCUCCUACCUCCUGCCGAUAUUAAUUUGGAAUGGGGCUGGGGAGCAGAUACGGAAAGGAAGGGAUUCCAGGGAGGCUGAGGAUGGAAAUGCAGACUGGGAUGAUGGAGAAGGAGGCCAAAGACAGACUUUGCCUAUGUUAAGGAUUCAGCUGUGUACUCCCCCACAAAGAUACAUGAAGUCCUACCCACCAGGGCCUGUGAACGUGACCUCAUUUGGGGUAGGGAUUUUGCAGUUGUGAUCAAGUUCAGAUGAAGUCAUCAGGGUGGGCCAUACUCCGGUUUGAUGGGACCCUUCCAGGAAGAGGAGGGAGAAGAAGGCUCCAUGGAGAGGGGGAGGGGCCAGGGUGGGGGAGGCAGAGCCCUCGGAGAUACUGCCACCAGCCCAGGACCACCCACAGCCUCCAGGACUGGAAGAGGCCUAGAAGGAGCCUCCCCUAGAGGCUUUGGAGGGAGCAUGGCCCUAUCUGUCAACAUCUGUCAACACCCUGGUUUCAGACUUGUAACCUCUGGAGGGUGAGAGGAUAGAGCUGUUUUUAGCCCCCAGUCUGGGUCACUCCGUGAUAGUGGCCCUGGACAGCUAACGGGCCUGGUUCUCUCAUUCCUAAACACAGAGCUGUCCUUACGAUAAAUACUGUGGGUUACUGUGAUCAUAUGUUGGAGGUUCGGCUAUCUUAGCCGCAGAAUAAACUGUGGGACGAAAAAGAUUGCAGCCGGGGCUAGCGGGGCCAUGGGUCCUGCCGGAGCAGGUAGCAGCCGGGGCGGAGCUGCCUGGGAUGCGUCACGUGUGCACCACCAGGGAGUAAAUGGGCUCUCGGUAGAGACGACCACCGGGGACCGGCAAGCAGCAGUGGGAGGAGGAGAAGAGUGUCCCGGGCCUGUAGAUCCGCAGAUGCAAGCGUUCUGGAAGAGGAGGGAGGUCCAAAAUAAAAGGCGGCCUCCGGCUCAUGUUCCCAGAAGGCAAGGCAGGGAGAGAAAGCUUGCCCGCCGGGCCGGCCAGGCUCCCCAGGACUGCAAGGCCAGCGUCGUGGGAUGAGGAGCACCUGCGGGAGACCCCAGGGUCCCUCGUCGCCUCCGGGAACAGCGAGGAGAGACGGAUGGAGCCACCUGUCAGGAGUGUGGUGUCUGGCUUCGGGAGAACUGCAGAAACGGUUUCUUUCCUAAGAGUCACCUCCUUUGUUAGAAUUGCCCAGAAGGGCAGCAGCAGCGGCAGCGCUUCCGGAGAUCAAAGGGUCUGUAUCCCCCAGUGACAGUAUGAGCGGUUUAGGAAUCCCUUGUCACCUCGGAGACAUGGCAGCUGAGGCCAUGGUUCUCACAACCUGGGGCUGGUGAGCGCUGCCAGGGAGAGCCUGGCUGGCGGCGGGCACGGGCAGGGCACCAGGAGGGGGCCUGGGGCAGAGAGUGGAGCCCGUGGCCGGGCUAGGGAUAGGUGGGCCGGUCCCAGAGUCUCAGGGUUUGUGUCCGAAUCGGAGGAAGGGUAAGCAGCGGACAAAGUGCAGGAGCCACGGACGGGGUGUCCAGACCUGUUCUCAGAUGCAGUGAUAGGAGGGUCUGCCCCCGGGAGCAUUGACUCACCCCCGAUCUUACAAGCAUGACAGUCUAAGGCUGGCCCCCGGCAGUGACAAGCCAGCAUGGUGACAGGGGACAGUCAGCUCAGAUCUUCACGUCUGCUUCACUUCUGCUCUCCUCCCAAAGCACAGCUCAUUACGGCCUCAUUUUUCUUCUCUUACUUGGAAAAUGUUAUUACUCAUGCUAAUUCUAAAAUGGGUAGAUUUGAGUUAUGGAAAGAAAUCCUUCUAAAUUAAAAUUCUCUAUGACAAAGAUCUCUGCGUCUCGGUGACCAUCUACUUCAAGUGAUGCUUCGGAUGUCAAAAUGCCUCUACAAAGUAGGUUCGGGCACCGUUCACUGGGACUUAUUAAAUACCCAUAUCAAGCAAAGUCAGCAAACGUGUGCUUAGUGGCAAUUACAGUUAUAGAGAAAUAAAAAAUUUAAAACAAUAUGGACAUACAUGAUUAUAUGGAAUCAAAAACCACAAUGUUAUAAAAACCAAGUAACCAGAAUACACCAAGACAGAAAGAGUCUGUAGAAUACUGGGACCAUGGCAGGGCAGUAAGGGACCAUCUAGAGUCAUGGCUGACAUUUUCUAGCUCUGUGUUGUUGACCAAAAUGUCUAAGUGGUGGAGCCUCUAUUUUCUUAUCUAUAAAAUGGGGAUGGUCCUUCCUCACAUGUGGUUAUAAUGAGGUCACUCAGCACCGAGCUUGGCACAUGUGAACAAUAAUAAAUGGUGAAUAAUAAUAAUGUGGUAACAGUAAGUAUUUUUGUAAUAAAUGACAGAGGUGUGAAAAAUACAUAAAAGAUUCUUACAAAUGUCCAAGCAUAUAAGACUCUAAAAAAUGGCCAAAAGAGUUUACAGUUCACAGAAGUUGAAACUAAAGUUAACGAAUGAAUUCAGUGACUAUUCUCUACCACUAAACUCACUGGCAGUGAAGCACAAAGUAAUACAAAUAUGUAACGUCACUGUAACAACAGAGACGCUGUUGUUAUAGGAAGGAAUGGGUAAGUUGGAAUAUCCAGGAAUUCCUGAUGGAAGUACCAAUUGGUCUGAUUAUUUUGGAAAGGAAUUUGGAAGAGUUACCAUGAAGAGUCACAACAUUCUACACACUGACCCCAUAAUUCUGGUCCAGAGAGUGGAAUAAUACAAAUUAAGAGAAAGCUAUAUCUAUAAUGAGGCAUAAAGGUAGAAUUAAAAGAGUUUUAAAAAUCCACAAUAAUAUAGUAACAGUUACUUUGUCGCAGAAUACUAUAACUCUAUAACAUAUUACAUGGUGAUUAAAAAUGACAGAGUGUAUACAAAAUACAGUGUCUAUAAAAUAAUGUCAGGUAGAAUACGAAAUAUUGAAGUAUUGCAAAUAUUUUUAAAGUAACAUAAAUAUAUAUGAUACACAUGAAAGGAAGCUAUAAAGAAAUGUAAUUCAUUUUAUGUUGAUAAAAAGAUUUGGAUAUACUUACAUUGUUUUAUUAAUAUAUUUAUAUAAUCUUAAUUUCUCCAUAGUACCUGUUAUAAAUCCAUAGUUCUUCAUGAUUCACUUUUUAUUGACCAGGUAUUGGGUACAAAGAUCCCGAUUCAGGAAUUCAGGUAGGACACAAGGGAGCUAUGUUCUCUUUGGGGCAUUUCCUGACUCAAUUUAGCAAUAUCGUCUGAGCAUGUGGAUGUGUCUUUCUAAGGAAAGCUUUAUUCCUCAAGAUUUGCUUUUAGAUCUGUAAAGAACUUCUCAAACUCAACACCCAAAAAACAAGUA